UUUGUACUCAGACAAAAGUGACAAAUCUGCAAUCGCUUAGUUUUGCAUUUAAUUUAAAGCAUUUAAUAUGGCUGACCUGCCUUACGGCAUUUGUCCGUAUGAUAAAAACCAUCGCGUUCUCCUGAUGCGAAUGCCGGGCCAUAUUGUGAAGUGUUCAAAGAAUUAUUGCGGACCACCUCUAGCCAUUUGCAAAUACAACGCCACUCACCGCGUGCUGCCUGAGGAAAUGGACAAUCAUUUAGAGACUUGUGCCGAUCAAAUAAAAUUCAAUAGCUAUAAAAUCUCUGAGUCGGCAAAGAAUUUUCGCAAGGAGCCGCCGUCCUGCCUUGCGAAAGAUAAUGAGCCAGUGAAAGAGCAUUAACGCAAAUCCUACACCGUAAAGUUGCAGGAUCGACCUUACACACAUAUACAACUACAUAUGUAUAUAUAUACUUAAAAUAUUAAAUGCAU